ACCCGUCAAGAAAAAUUUAAAAAAAGUACAUACAAUGACUGAAACAAAACCACCAACCUCAAAUGCUGGUGAAGACGUCCUUCAGUUUCUUGAAACAUUAGAUAACUAUUCUCAAACAACUGCUACUAAUCAAGAAACAGGAGGACAACCACCUGCUGAUACUCAAUCAGUUCUUGAUUUUCUUGACCAGUUUGCAAACGCUCAAAAUAAUAGUUCGACUAAAGGAGGAGAUAAUCAAAGUAGUUUGGCAGAACAACCGGAACAGCCACCACAACCACCUCCACAACAACAAAAACAAAACCAACAACAAAUAUCAAGUGAAACUCAAGAACAAAAACAAGAAGGAGCUUGGUCUUGGGGAGGUUUAUUAGCAUCAGCUUCUACAGCUUAUAAGACAGCAAGUACUGUUGUUGAUUCUUCUGUUAAAGAAGCAUUAGCUACAGUUGAAAAUGUACGUACAAAUGAAGGAACUAAGAAAUUUGAAGAAAAGUUUCGCGGAAUUCUAAAUAAGGAAGCAAUUGGAAAAAUAGGAACUGAUCUAAGAAAUCUAGGAUUAAGUACUCUUACAACUGUAGUCAAUGCUGUAGUACCUCCGAUUUCACAAUAUGAGAUAGUGGAAGUAUGGUUAACACAUGAUAUGGUAGGAUAUGUUGGACUAGAAUCCCUUGUGUAUAGAGCAUUUAUGAAAAUAAUGGAACAGGUUGAGGGUGGAGAUAUUGUAGUAAGAAAAGGCAAUGAAUCAAAAAGUUAUGAUUCGGAAGAUGAAGUGCACAGAGAAUUAAAUGUUUGUGAAGGUUUUAUUGAAGCUGGUGGAAUUGCAAAGGCUAAUAUUGAACAAAUGAUCAAGAAACAUUAUAAACCACCCCCUUCAAUAAAUGAAAAAAUAAAAGAACAAGAUCAACAAGAGUUACUAAGAGAUAUUCCAACAACAACUAGUCCCGUUUUCAUGGCAAUUCAACCCACAAAAGCAAAUCCUUGCUCUUUACCAACAAAUAGCGAAACAUCAACGGAUUCUGAAAAAUAUCUAUUUUACGUUAUUGUUCUCACUGAUCCAACUCAUAAACUAACCUUUAAGACUGUCUCACAAGCAUUACCUGUUAGUUGGUUAGAUAUUCCCCAUGAAGAAAAUGAAUGGGUUGAGUUAAAAAUGGUUCAAGCGAUAAAAUUAGCUGUUAAAACAAUUGCUCAAGAAUAUGUUUGGCAUCGCAUGACAGCCAGUGAAGAACAUCAACAAGAGAGUCAACCAUUAGAGGAAAAACAAGAAUAAAAAAUCUAUUUUACUUUGACUUAAUUGUAAUUAUAUAUAGUAUAUGUAAAAUAUUUAUUAAUUAUUAAAUAAUUUACAACAUAAAAAAA